AUGGUGAUUGAGGUUCUAUUCCUCUCAAUCACCCUCAUCAUCAUCAUCUUCAGUUUGCAUAGACGACUCGGACAAAACCUCCCACCAGGCCCACGCCCAUGGCCCAUCGUUGGCAACAUGUACCAGAUACGACCUAACGAUUUUCGACUUUUAGCCAAAUGGUCUCAUAUAUAUGGCCCCAUCACAUCGUUUCAAAUUGGUUCCUCAAUCUGCAUCUCUGUGUCAAACCCACACUUAGCUAAAGAAGUUCUCAAGAACCAUGACCAACAACUUGCAAAUAGACACAGAACGAUAGGGAUUGCAAGAUUUAGCAGAAAUGGCGAUGAUCUCACAUGGGUUGACUAUGGACCCCGGUUUGUGAAGCUCAAAAAGCUUUGUGGUGUAGAACUCUUCUCUCUAAAGAACCUCGAAGCACAUAGGCCCACAAGGGAAAAUGAUGUUUCAAUUAUGAUCGACUCCAUUAACGAAGAUUAUUGUGGGAAAGUUUUGGUAGUAAAUAAUUGUUUGAAGAAAACAAUGUUCGAUAUCAUUGCAAGUAUGAUAUUUGGGAACUCAUUGGCGUCUUCUAAUGGGGAUUUAGAGCUAAAAGCAAUUAUGGAGGCUCAGUUUCGCGCCAAGAUAUCGUUAGGCAUCGUGGAAGAAGUAUGGUGGCUCCGGUGGCUAUCUUGGCUUAAAGACGAUGAAAACAAAUGGAUUCAAUCACGAAACCACCGAUUCUUUCAAUCGGUUAUAACACAUAAGAAAGAAAACCAAAACUGUAGCACCCACCAGAAUAAUUUUAGUUUCUUGGAUGCUUUAUUGAGUCGACGUGAAGAAUAUAAUCUUAGCGAUAAUACAAUUAGUGGGCUGUUGUGGGACAUGGUGACUGUAGGGAUCGGCACCAUUGUCGCCGCCCUGGAAUGGGCUAUGGCUGAGUUGCUAAUAAACCCAACAGUUCAACGAAAAGCUCAAGGGGAACUAGAUAGGGUUAUAGGUGAAGUUAUGACUGAAUCCGAUAUACCAAACCUUCCUUACCUAACAUGUGUGGUUAAAGAAACCCUAAGGUUGCAUCCUCCUACGCCACUAAUGCUUCCCCACCAAGCCACAACAGACUUAAAUAUCGGAAGUUAUGGUGUUCCUAAAGGAAGUAGGGUUUACGUGAAUGUAUGGGCAAUCGGUCAUGACCCGUAUGCGUGGAAACAACCGUUGGUUUUUCGACCUGAAAGGUUUCUUGAAGAAGAUGUUGAUAUAAAAGGGCAUGAUUUUAGGUUGCUGGCAUUUGGGUCGGGUCGGAGGAUGUGCCCAGGUGCACAGUUGGGGAUGAACAUGGUGAGCUUAAUGUUGGGGAGUCUUUUGCACCGAUUCGAAUGGUCGUUGCCAGAAGGGUUUAGGGCAGAGGAAGUUGACAUGGUAGAGAUGUUAGGAAUAGUGGCUUACAAGAAGAUCCCACUGGAGGUUGUCCCUACUCCAAGGUUGCCUAUGCAUGGAAGUAGCAAGGAUGGAUAA